CUUCAACUUGUGGCUGCUUCCUUGGCAACAGGCAGAUACCUCUCACGCCAUGGCAUCGCCCAAAUCACGCCAUAUACCAUAUGGCAUGGAAUUGCACUGGACUCAGACCAGAUUAACGGGAAACUUCACCGAGUGCAAAACAACAUACAUACUACUGUAUCGGACAGACGUCACCGCCUUCAGACUACGUGAAUACGUUGUACUUCUGUGUUGAUGGCUGGCAGAAAAGAGUGAAUCAGAAUGGCUGUAGAAAUUCUCCAGCUUUCUCUUUCUAUAAUCUAUCACCUCAACUGCCAUACUUCCUCUACUUCUUCACAAUAUCUCACAUCAUGGAGACACCUACUCCCGUGCAGUUCUUGAGAGCAGCACAAGACCGUGACUUCCCUCUCAUCAAUAAGCUCAUCCUCUCUGGAAAGAGCGUCAACGAAUACGAUAAAGAUGGCUACUCUGCACUGCACAGAGCCGUCAUUCACGAUCCCGAUGACCUAAACACCAUCUCCAUUCUCAUCUCCUACGGAGCAAACCAAGACAUUGUCCGUGAAGACGAAAAGGCUUCUCGCUGGAAAACCCCUCUCCACUACGCCGCCAUCCAAGGAAACGCCGAGCUCGUCGCCCUCCUCAUCAACACGGGGGCUGACCCGGCUCCCCAGCACAUUAGAGACUGGCGAACCCCUCUCGAAGACGCCAUCAGCAACGGCCAUCUAGCAGUCGUCGAGAAAAUGCUCGAGUGUUUCCUAUACGGACCCCAGGACCACAGACCCUCCAAGGGACUCCCCGAAGCCAUCAUCCUCGCCUCCAGACUAUGGUACUCGGACGUCUUGGUCCUACUCCUGGAAUACAAACGCCUCUGGCUCCCCAUAAACACCAUCCCCCAGAAAUCCCUCAAACAAGCCUUCUGCGAGGCUAUCCAAUCUGAAGCCUGCGGGUUCAGCAUGAAGCCAUUCGACGAACGUAUCGGCGGUCCAGGCGACACCACCCCCACCAAAGUGGCCGAGCUGCUCCUCAACGCCGGCAUCAAUUUCAGAGAAGAAGAGCUCGACCGACUCCUCUCUAUCACCUGUCGAAACUCCAACUUAAUCGACGUCACCUGUUUACUCCUCAUCCGCGAACCAAAUGUCACCAACUACCACAUUGUCCGCGCCAUCGACAGCCAGAGCCUCGACAUACUCACUCCCCUAAUCCACUACGCCGCCUGGGGCCUCCAAAAACCCAUCCUCCAAUACCUGCUCGACACGGGACUCUCCCACGUCCACGAAGUCGACCAAUACGCCCACACCCCGCUCAUGUACGCCUUCGACGAAGUCGACUCCACAAAGGAACCCCUCCGUCUCCCGGUCCUGCAAUACCUCAUCGAACAAGGCAGCGACGUGACCGCGGCUUCCAUCGACGGCGUCACAGCCCUGCACCUCGCCGUCCGAACCGGCUCGAUCGACGUCGUCAAAUUCCUUCUCAUCAAGGGCAGUAACCUGAACGUGAAAUCCACUACCGCUGACAACGUGUAUCUGAAGCGAAACCCCAACUCUGCCACUAGCAAUACUACCCUCCACUCCACAACCCCACUGCACUGGGCCGUUGACGGACUAGCCACUGUAUCCGUGGACGUGGUUGUGGCUUUAUUGCGUUUCGGGGCUGAUGUGAACGAGCCGGAUGGAAACGGGGCUACGGCGUUGAAUAUUCUCCUUACGAAGGGAUGGGGGUUUAAUGAGGCUUGGGAGAGUAGGGCUGCGGUGGUGGAUGUGUUGAUGAUGUAUGGGGCCGAUGUGGAUGUUGAGGAUAAUUCGGGGAUGACGGCUAGGAAGAGGGCGGAGGAGAAGCAUGUUUUUCUGAAGAUUAGGGGGUGAUGAGCUGAGCUGAGCUGAGCUGAGCUGAGCUACCCUUGUUUCUCGAUACGUUUCAAAAGUUGUUGUUAUGGAUGAUGGUGAUGAUGGAUUUGCGGAGAAGUUAGUUGUGG